GCACUACAACCCCGUGUCCAACCAACACACUAUUUAUUUCUUUUAUUUAGAGGUACAGCAUGGAAUAGGCUCUUCAGUCCUUUGAGACAUCUUGCCCACCAAACCAUGACAACCUCAAUUUAACCCUAACACAGACACGGGACAAUUUACAAUGACCACCUAGCCUACCCAGUACAUCUUGGAUCUGUGGGAGGAAACCAGAGCACUGGGAGAAAACCCACACAUUCUAUGGAAGGAUCUAUGGAGACUGCUUACGGAGGAUGCUGGAACUGAACUCUGAACUCUGAUGCCCUGAGCUGUGAUAGUGUUGCGCAAACCACUAAGCCACCAUCACAUCUGACCUCCUUCUUUCUCCCGUUUGAAAUGACCAUUGAGGUAUCGUGACAGGAGUUUUGGUGCGAGAGUUUUCCAUUUUAUCAAGCUUGGACAAAUUCUACUUCGGGUUUCCUGGAGAGAUUCUGAUGAGAAUGCUAAAGCUGAUUAUUUUACCUUUAAUUGUCUCCAGCAUGAUUACAGGAGUCGCGACUUUGGAUUCAGAUGUCUCAGGGAAAGUUGGAGUUCGGGCAGUGGUAUAUUAUUUUUCAACUACUAUUGUUGCUGUGAUUUUAGGAAUUGUACUGGUGAUGACCAUCAAACCUGGUGUCUCUCAAAAAGCUGAAGAAAUUGACAGAAGUGGAAGUACCCCAGAAGUCACCACUGUAGAUGCCUUGCUAGAUCUUCUUAGGAAUGCAUUCCCAGAAAACUUGGUCCAGGCCAGCUUUCAACAGUAUAAAAGCAAACGACAAGAAAUUGAAUCUGUAAGCAACGCCAGUGUUACCAGUGGGGUAACAGUUACUGUUAUAAUGCCCACACAAAUGAAUGAGAAUAUAACAAAGGAUUACAAAGUGAUCGGCAUAUACUCUGAUGGAAUCAAUGUUCUGGGCCUUAUUGUCUUCUGCCUGGUGUUUGGAAUUGUCAUCGGACAAAUGGGAGAAAAAGGCAAAAUCCUGUUGGACUUUUUUGAUGCAUUGAAUGAAGCCACCAUGAAAAUCGUGCAGAUCAUCAUGUGGUAUAUGCCAAUUGGCAUAUUGUUCCUGAUUGCUGCAAAAGUAAUGGAAGUGGAUGAUUGGGAAAUCUUCCGGAGACUUGGGCUUUAUAUGGCUACAGUGCUAAGUGGAUUAGCCAUCCACGGUAUUAUCAUUCUGCCUCUGAUUUACUUUAUCGUGGUGCGGAAAAACCCUUUUACAUUCAUUGGCGGGAUGGCUGAGGCAUUGCUGACUUCAGUGAUGAUUUCAUCCAGCUCGGCAACUUUGCCAGUGACUUUCCGAUGUGCUGAAGAAAAGAAUAAAGUGGACAAAAGAAUCACCAGAUUUGUGUUGCCAGUGGGAGCCACCAUCAACAUGGAUGGGACAGCUCUAUAUGAAGCAGUUGCUGCCAUAUUUAUUGCUCAGUUGAAUGACUACCCGCUGGAUGCUGGACAGAUUGUGACCAUCAGCAUUACAGCAACAGCAGCUAGUAUAGGAGCGGCUGGAGUUCCUCAGGCUGGAAUGGUCACCAUGGUGAUCGUUCUCACUGCUGUCGGAUUACCUGCUAAUGAUGUCACGCUGAUCAUUGCCGUGGAUUGGCUUCUGGAUCGAUUUCGAACAAUGGUGAAUGUACUUGGAGAUUCUUUUGGAGCCGGAAUUGUGGAGAAGCUAUCCAGAAAGGAAUUGCAACAGAUCGACCUCUCAAGUGGCAUUGACAUAGUGAAUCCAUUUGCUUUGGAGUCAGCUGCCUCAGAGAAAGAAGAAAUGAAGAUAAAAGAAGCAUAUGUCAAUGGGGCAUUUGAUAUAGAUAAAUCAGACUCUGUAGCUGUCACAGAAACUUCACAGUUUUGACUAAAUAAGAAUGACAAUUUGUGAUUGUGACAUCACGAAGAUUACACUGGCAAAGCUGUGGAUCUGAAUGAAUUAACAAGUUUAUUCCCACCAACAACAAAUACAUUAAGAUAAGCUUUUAAAAAUAUGGUAUAUAUUGACCAUUGAACACCCUGAUAAUUAACCACAAAUUAUUUCUCCAUCAGCUUGCCAUGAAGAUAUGUUAAUGCUCCAAUUUAAAUGCAUGGAUUGGAAUCCCAAAAGGGCAACUGUUGCAAGUAAGUUACUGUCAAAAGCAACAGAGCUAAGAAUAGGUAAUAACUAUUUCAUGAAGUUAAAAUAUUAUUCUAUGAAAACAAAUAUUAGAUUACAAGAAUCAAUAUUAGGUGGUAAUCAUAAUUUUCGUUUCAGGUAAGAAUUCAUGACAAUGUCCAUUAGCUUAUGAUAAUUAUCUCAACUCCAGUUAGUUGCAUUAACUAUUCCAGGUAGCUUUUAUGUUUUAAAUGAUGUCUCAAAGAAUACAAGAUCAACAUUCAAUGCUUAAGAAAUUGAUAGCGGUACUACAAGUGCAGCGAAAUUAGUCUGAAAUCAGCCUUGGGUAUACAGGUGUAUAAGCAUGCGAUUCUUAAUGUUAAUACAAGCCAAUAUGAAAAUCACUGCAUAUGACUGGUAAAUUCAAAAUGGUUCUGUUUGCAUUGAUUCUGCAAUAUGAUCUGACACUAGCUUGUGAUGAAUUUUUGCAAGGAUUUUCUUGCGAUGUAAUUGUGUGGUAUUGGAAGUUUGGUGGGAACACUGUGUACAUAAACAGAACUGCUGAUGUUAUGAUAGCAGACUGGGAGAUGGCCUGAGGAACUACAUCUCCACUGUAUUUUGCUCUACUGUAAAUUAAGAAGCUCUGUUAUUCACUUCAUAGAGUUUCAAGAAUACCUAUAUGGAACAAUAAUUAUGCUCAGAUUCCAAUGAAAUCUGAAUUAGAGCUUGCAGACAUUCUGACUGUAUAUUGGCAGAUGACAUACAAAUAUAUAAUUAAAAUGCCUUUGUGAUCUGUUUA